AUGACUCUUCCUCCCGACUCAGCCUUUUGCGCCUCUCCCGCUUGCCAGACAGAUCUGGAUCUUGUCUCGGGAACGGCAUGUACACGAGCCUCAACCUGCGUCGCCAGUGCGCACGUCAACUGUCUCAGCCCAAACGUGGACCUGGAAUGGUCAAGGGGUGUGGCUUUCUCAUCACUGAAAGAUGAUGCACCUUUGGUUUCUGGCACCCAACGAAAACGACUGCAUUUUGGCGUGCCUCAGAACCUGCCGCUUCCCAUCGUCUCCGCAUUUUCACCUCAAAUCACGCCCGAGAACACGUGGAUGAGCAACUCUGUACUCCAGAGAACGAGUGAGUUGUUCCGCAAAACGGAAUUGCAUCGUUCCGGAUCCGGCGUAUCGCUUGCCCUCCGGUAUGGUACGCGUGGAUUUGCAAGGCAGCGGCUGCUUUCACCAAGACAUUUGUCUUUUGAAGAUGAAUCAGGCCUCUACCAAGGCUACCAGACUAUCGGGGCCAGACGCACGAGCGAGAGAAACGGGCAAGUCGUUACGCGACAAAAGUCUGGUACACGCGAUGCUACGCAAAUGAGCACGAUACAACGGCAUCCUGGCCUCGGAGCAGCUAUUUGCCCGCCCACUCUGGUUAGACGGCUUGGGGAGUGUCACCGACCGAAAGCCUACCUCAUGCCAUUCGCCGCCGCCUUCUACAACAGAUUGAUUAGAUUGCUCAGCCUAGCUCCAUCUCAUUGGACAUCCUCGCCGGCUGACUUUAACGUACAUCAACGCUCGCGCGCGGCUGCUUCCGGCGAUGGCGGCAACGAGCACCAGCCAGCUGUGCAAUGUGACGAGUCUAAGCUGGCUGGAAGCACACUUUGGCCAGCCGCGUCGCGUCACAUAUCACUGAGAGUUCUUGACGGACUGUCAAACUACGGAUUGAAGUGGACGACGACGAGUGUAGUCCAGCACUGGCCAGGCCAGGUCCACGCCACUCACUUCAUGUCCCGUCCUCCCGCGCUCUCCCGUCAGGCCCUGGCACCUCUAGUUCAUCCCGUCCCCGGAGGCGGCGUACGCGGGUGGACUAUGGCGAAGAUCACGACUAACGGAUCACGGCCUAAUGCAGCAAGGUCAAGGGGGACCAGGGUCACCCUUUUAGCAGGUGACUUUGAGGAGGAUCUCUCUCACAAGGGAUUUUUGGGCUCCAACUUGUACCCGAAAAACACGGCCCGUACGAGGGCCUUUGCAAUCAUAGCUCCACACUGGAUGCUACUAUCUGGAUGCAUUUUGGAGCCGGACGCCUGGCUUUCACUCAGCCCUCAGCCCUCGGCCAUGACAGUGUCUGGCUUCGAGGCACCGUCCGAGUCCUGGCGGCGGUUCACGGCAUGCUGCAGACAACGGUGGGGUCGAGGGGCUGUUCAUCAUAGGCGUGACGGACCACUCUACUUUAACCUCAACGAACUUUGCUCGCCUACCCUUUCCUUGCCAUAUCCAGGCUCUAUGGAGCUAGACCAUACGGCCCUCUCUGUUUCUCAAAUUCUCAAAUCCUCCUGCGGAGAACAAGAUGGCGUGAAAGUUACACCGGCUACCGGCAUCGAAAAGGACCCUCCUCGAUGA